AUGCAUUCCCUCUUCACCACCGCCGCCCUCCUGGCGCCCCUCGUGGCAGCCCAGAUCCAGGGCCACUGCGACCCAGCGGACGCCGUCCAGCCGAACCCCAUCGGCAAGAUGAACAAGUACAAGAACUACAAGACCACCGGCACGGUCAACGGUACCGUCGCCAUCCUGCCCAUCAAGCUUACCGCUGCUCGCGGCAUCAUCCCGGCGCAGUACCCGAUUUUGGAGGAGCAGUAUAGGGCCUGGCUGCCGAGUCUGGCGGCUGAUGAGUACCCGGCCCUCCUCCAAAUGGAACAAAACCACGACCUCUACCACAACGGCGUCGCCGCCGGCCCUAGCGCCGACUUCAACCGCGCCUCCAUCUCCUUCCCCUUCGUCGACCGCCUCAACGACGGCUACUCUUCCUUCCUCUACAACCAGGCCGUGAUAAUCUCCUCGGCCGCCACCGACACCAUCGCGCAGUUCCAGACCUACGGCGGCAUCGUCGCCCCAGGCUUCACGGCCUCCUGCAACGCCUACGAGUACGAGAACGGCACCGCGAACCUCGCCCUCCCGCCCGCGCAGCGCGGCAUCGACCAAGCGGCCUGGGCGAACACGAACACCGAUCUCAGUAACCCGAGCAUCGCGUACCGUUUCGACCCGACUGCUUCGUCCCCUUACAGCACCGACUUCUGGCGCAACGUCACAAACCAACCCCUCUUCUCGUCCGCCAGCAACGGCAAAUGCGACGCCGUCACCCGCCUGCCCGCCACCAAAGUCAGCAAAGGCGCCUUCGCAGGCGUGCAUCUCGAAGGCGAGGUGGCGAUUUUGAAGGCUUUCUACCCGGUCAAGGGGAAGACGGUGUGGAGCGAUGUGUUUGGGUAUAAGGUCGAUCAGGCGUAUUUUGAGAAGCCGCAGGCCAAGUGUGCUACGUUGAAGGGGUUCUCUGUGGUGGAGGCGCCGGCGUGA